UCAAUCGAAGAGACUUUCCACUACGCCACCACCUAGAAUAUGUCUCUGCCCACCCCUCUCUCUUUCUUUCUGUCUGCGGUCAGUACUAAAGAUUCUAGAACUCAAAAGAGGGAGAAAGUUGGAGAGAGAAAGAGAGAGAUUGUUAAGAGUUUCUUAGAGGGUUUUGGCAGUUGUGUUACACCAUGAACGAGAAGGCCAGCGUCUCCAAAGAGCUUAGUGCAAAACACAGAAAGAUACUUGAAGGCAUUCUUAAAUUAUCAGAAAACAGGGAAUGUGCUGACUGCAAAAGCAAAGGCCCAAGAUGGGCUAGCGUGAAUCUGGGAAUCUUCAUAUGCAUGCAAUGUUCUGGGAUUCACAGAAGUCUUGGAGUACACAUAUCAAAGGUGAGAUCUGCAACGUUGGACACAUGGCUUCCAGACCAGGUUGCAUUUAUUAAAUCAAUGGGAAAUGAGAAAUCAAAUAGCUAUUGGGAAGCGGAGCUGCCCCCUAAGUAUGAUAGGGUUGGAAUUGAAAAUUUUAUUCGUGCAAAGUAUGUAGAGAAGAGAUGGACUCCUAGAGAUCAAAAAGCAAAUUCAGCCAAAGGGGUUAGAGAAGAGAGGGUUGUAGUAUAUAAACCGGGACCUGGGACUAGAAUUGGUGUUGCAUCUGCAAAUGGUUCAAACCAUAUCUCUGGAGAGAGGAAAAACCCUGAGCUGCGUGACACAAACAGAAGUAUCCCUACUUUAGAAAAAUGCAAUAUCCCGGUGCCUUCUGAAUUAUCUAAGCAGGUCGCUCCUGAUCCAAAACUACAAGGAGUUUGUCAGAAAUCAGAACCAGCAGCCUCAAAGGCUGCAUUAGGAAGGAGGGCUGGAGCUAAUGCAAGCACAGCUGUCUCGGCAUCUGAGGUAAGUCCCAAUAAAAAGCCACACGAAAUUCAUCGGAAAUUAGAACCAGCAGCCUCAGAGGCUUCACUAGGAAGGACCGAAGCUAAUGCCAGGGCACCUGUCACAGCAUCUAACAUUGAUUAUGCUACAGAUCUUUUUACCAUGUUUUCGAAAGAAGGCUCAAAAGAAAACAACUCCAGAACAACAUUUAGUGCUGAUGAUAAUGCAUCGGCAGGAUUCCAGUCUGCUGAAGUAACAUCAACAGCAGAGAAAUAUGUUCCUUCAAAAGCUGUUGAAAGAAAGAUCCAAUUUGACUCUGGAAUUGAGGAUCUAAUCAAAGAUUUUCAAUUUGUAACACACCCUGUUUUGAAAGAUGUGAAGAAUGACCUUAUGGACCUCUUUGAUAAGACCAGUAUGGUGUCACAAUUUUCUCUCCAUCAACAACAAUCUGCAGUGCUAGCUCAACAACAGCCUUUUCUCACGUCUGCAGCAGCGAAGCCUUUUGGUGGGUUCCAACCAUUUUCUAGUAAUAUACAUCAACCAGCCUCCAACGGUAGCCACUUACCCACUCAGCAUUGGGGAAGCAUGGGUAAUCAGGCUCCUCAAGCGAUGACGCCAGCAGCUGCACUGCAGAAGCCUAUGCAGAUGGGAAACAUCAGAUCUGCACAUCCUGCUUGGAAUUCUUCUCAUUAUUCACUAUCCAGCAAGAAUACUUCAGGUUCAGUUGCUCCAAUAGGCGGUGGCAUAACCACCACAAGAGCAAGUAGGUCUUCCAAUAUUAUGCCGACAUCAUCAGCCAUUCCAACACACUUGGGAGGAGAUUAUGAUUUCUCAUCGCUAAUGCAAGGGAUGUUUACAAAAAGAAUCUUGCACAAUAUAAACACGAGAACAGAUCUCUCCCGUAGUGAACUCAAGUCAAUCAAUCAAAUGGUCAACCUUGCUACUUGGAACAGACUGUGAGGUCCGUUGGUGGCCUGGAAAGGUAAUGGGUGACUUUCGUGGAUCAACGGAGCGGUCCUGUAAGGCUCAGGGAGGUUCCUGGAACGAAGAAAAAUGAGUUAGGAGGGCGUCAGAGUGUUUUUCGACGUAUCCCCUCCGAC